CCUAUUCGUUCCCUUAUCUACACGCAUAUGCAACAGAACAAGCCAAAGAAUAAGAAAAGAGGGUACCAAUAUAUACAGUGAAACACUAUAACCAGGCAUGGAGAGUUCAUCGUACCCAUCUCGCUUGGAUCAGCUUUCGCCCCCGCAUUCCCUUCCGGAACAGACCUGGAAGGCUGACAUGUCGCACCCUACCUCUCCCCCGGAAGUCCACGACACAGGCGAAGGUGCAACGCUGCUGCCAGAGCGGCUUGCCAAACUAGCUCACAUGGCCUCCCAGAAUGCCCACGUGUCGACUGAGGAUACGACCGCGGUCUACCAUUGUCUCGACACUCUAGAAGCCCUCUUGGAUCCUCGCCCGAAACUCACCCAAGAGAUUGUGAAAUGCAGGCCCCCCCGCAUCUACCCCGAAACUUCGACCCUGGUCGCUCCCUCGUCCGCCUAUCCUUCCCCGAUGGAAGAUCGUGCCGCAUCUGUAAACGAGCCUUUCCAUCCGCAACUCCAAGCCCUCCUCAACGAAGUAACGGCGCUCAACGUCGAAUUGAACCAGCGCCGCGAAGAAUCGUUCCGCAUAUAUGCCCUUCUUAUGCGCGAGUCUCAAGGGCUGUCACGAAGGAUAUCCGAGCUAGAAGAUGAGGUCCAUGAGCUGGAAUCAGACAUAGUAGAAGACUCCGCGGAGCGCGAAGCACUCCAGGGCACGGUUCGCGGGCUCGAGGCUUGGAUAAAUGCAUGGCAGAAAGAACCUGAUCUAGCCGGUAGGGCUCCGGGGACAUUGCGACAGAAUCAGGCCAAGCGGCGGAUGAAGCGUCAACAGGAAGAACACAACGAAAGCGGUACCGACGCACUUCUAGAAGGCAUAACGGCGUGGAUGCGCGGAUGGAAGGAUGUUGAAGAAGGCUUCCGCAUCCGUGAAAGAGAUCGCGAAGUGAAAAGGGAAGAGAGGCGAACUAAAGUAGCCACAGAGCCCGCGGACAACACAUGAUAAACCAUCACGUAAACUGGAAGGGGAGGGAGCCGAGUUGGCGGGUUGGAGAUGAAGUUUCGACUGGAAACGAGGUGAAAUUGCACCGGCCGCAACGUAACAAAUUGAGAGCAAGGAUAUCCCGCAACACUAUGCCAAACUCAAAAGAAAGGAAGUUUCUGACAUUCAGUAAUCAUGCCAACCAAGAAACAAUGGUACAGUUGAAAAUUAAGAGAAUAAAAUGCGCCAAUAUGCCCACCGUUACCCACUAUAUCCGCAACCACUGUUUUUUCGUUGGAAACCCCGAGUCUGCGCCGAUAUGUAUCAUCUAACCAACAGGUUAUCGAAUAGAUUAUAACGUUGAAGCGAAAAGAAAACA